CUAUUUACCCAUCAAUCCGACAACACCCGUCAACAACACCCCGGUGACAUGCCGAUCGUGCCGUCUGAUUCCGAUGGCGACCACAACAAAUCGAUAUGUUAUUUCCGCCCCAAUUUACUGCAACAAGUCUCCACGGGUCGCAGGGUGGGGGUGUGUCGACGGUGACCAGGAGCCCUUUGCUGCUCUUUGCCUCCCCUCCACCGCCCUCCCUUCGCUCGCCCGACAAACAUCGGCUUUGAUCUUGCCCAGCAAACUGAGAUCUGUUCUGCCGGCGUCGACCGGAUGACGUCGGCCUAAAGAUAGUUCGGACUCUUGUUAUGCCUGCAAUCCCAUUCGUAUGUGUCCGAGCGCACCCCUCCCCCGCACCAAGGCAUCCCCCUGGCCCCCGUAAGAGCGAGCGCACCCACCCCCCUCGACGGCCGUACGCGCCCUCCCCCCGACGCCCGCGGCUAAAUUUCCAGCAGCGUCAGCGCGCGCGACUCGUACCUGCGUGGAACCUUUUCGGCACAUUUCAAAGGCCCUGGCCCGCGACGUCCCACGCCGGGCGUCUCACUGUUUUCCCUGCGCGCGCCGCCCCCCUCGUCGCUGCCGCCGACGCCCCCCGUGCCCGCACCGGCAGGCGCGAUAGGCAGGAAGUUCACUCGCGCGCUGCCGAAGCACCCACCGUCGGCCAUAGCGCACUUAAUCCCCGCGCACAUCACCCCCGACCGCGAGCACACGGAUCUGUGCGCCAUGCGCUCUGUUCCACUCGCGAAAUUCGCUCGUGUGCGUGAACUGUCGGAUACCGUGCGGCCGACCUCCGUCUGCAUGUUCGACUGAUGGAACCGUCCCACCUCGGCUACCGUCUGUUUGCUUGCUUGCUGGAAGGACUUCGACCAAGCGCUUGGCUUGGCUAACCCCCGACGAAAUCGCUACAUAGCCCGCCUCGCUGUCGAGCUCUCGUAUCGCCGUCCACCUCUCUCGUCAUAGCUGUCGACGCCAUCGCAGACGGACCCGCCAAAUUGCGCGCUGACAGACCGCCCAAUCUGCCACCGCACGCCCCUGUCCUCCGCUUGU